CUAGGUUUCCCGGCUGAAACGUCAUCUCGGCGCGCCGCGCCUGCAGCGGCAUGGCGGAGGUGAAGGUAAAGCCGGAGGUGCCCGACCCGAUGGACAUCGAGAGCAGGAUUAUUGAGCUGUGCCACCAGUUCCCUUACGGUAUCACAGACCAGGUGAUCCAGAAUGACAUGCCUCACAUGGAAGCCCAGCAGCGAGCUGUGGCCAUCAACAGGCUGCUCUCCAUGGGGCAACUGGACCUCCUCAGGAGCAAUGCAGGUCUCCUCUACAGAAUCAAAGAUUCUCAAAACGCAAGUAAAAUGAAAGGCUCUGACAAUCAAGAGAAGCUAGUUUACCAAAUUAUAGAAGAUGCUGGCAACAAAGGUAUUUGGAGCAGGGACAUUAGAUACAAAAGUAAUUUGCCUUUAACGGAGAUCAACAAGAUACUGAAAAAUUUGGAAAGCAAGAAACUAAUUAAAGCAGUUAAAUCUGUGGCAGCAUCCAAGAAGAAGGUCUAUAUGCUGUAUAACCUGCAGCCUGACCGGUCAGUGACUGGUGGUGCUUGGUACAAUGACCAAGACUUUGAGUCUGAAUUUGUGGAGGUGUUAAAUCAGCAGUGUUUUAAAUUUCUGCAAAGUAAGGCAGAGGCAGCUCGAGAAAGCAAACAGAACCCCAUGAUACAGAGAAACAGUUCAUUUGCCUCAUCACAUGAAGUGUGGAAAUACAUCUGUGAACUGGGAAUCAGUAAGGUAGAGUUGUCAAUGGAAGACAUUGAAACCAUUUUAAAUACGCUGAUAUAUGAUGGAAAAGUGGAGAUGACUAUUAUUGCUGCAAAGGAAGGGACAGUAGGCAGUGUGGAUGGACAGAUGAAGUUGUACAGAGCCGUUAGUCCUCUCAUACAACCCACUGGAUUAGUCAGGACACCCUGUGGACUCUGCCCUGUUUUUGAUGAUUGUCAUGAAGGUGGUGAGAUUUCUCCAUCGAACUGUAUUUAUAUGACAGAGUGGUUGGAGUUUUAAAGUGAAAGAAAACUGUAAACUUGAUUCACAGCCAAAGUGACAAAGCAGCUUGCCUCUUUUGAAAGUGGACUUCUAAAUUUCCAUACAACUUCAGGACACAGAGCACCUUUGCUUAAUGAUAUAUAAAUGUAUCUGUUGUGUGAGCUGUCCCGUGAGUGGACUGGAAAUUGAGUCAGUGCUGAAGAUCAAAGCUGAAGUGGAAAGGUAAAGCCAUUCUCAACCAAAACUUGGUUGUGUGACUCGAAAAGUGCCACAGAAGCACCUGCGUGAUGAUGCAUCACUUCUGAGGAUUGUGUUGGGUGCUCUACAGACACUUAUUCUGAAUGAGAGAAAAGAAGCCAUUAGCUGAUCAGAAAAACUCGCUAACAAGUGGUAUCAAGGAUGAGAUCCCAAACUUUGCUUUCAGACUAAUGCUACUGGUGGAUGCUAAAGUGCUAAAGCUCACACUUUUUUCCAUGAUAGCUCCCAUCUAAUUGAAGAGUAAGAGUCUGAUGUGGGAAAGAUUCUGAAUAUGUCAAACAAAAGUCACUGAUUCUAUUAUCUUUCUUACCUGUUAGUUUAUCAUUAAAACUCUGACUUUUGUGAUGUA